UCUACGCUUCUGCCGUCCAGUCUUAGCUCUCCGGUUUGAAGACCCCCUGUCCGGAGCCAUGGCUACCGUAGCUGACACCAAAUUGUACGAUAUUCUCGGAGUUUCUCCUUCUGCCACCGAGAACGAGCUGAAAAAGGCUUAUCGUAAACUGGCAAAGGAAUAUCACCCUGAUAAGAACCCCAAUGCAGGAGACAAGUUUAAGGAAAUUAGUUUUGCGUAUGAGGUGCUUACCAAUCCAGAGAAGAAGGAGUUGUACGAUCAGUAUGGAGAGCAGGGCCUGCGUGAAGGCGGUGGAGGUGGAGCUGGGAUGGAUGAUAUCUUCUCACAUAUCUUUGGCGGAGGACUGUUCGGCUUCAUGGGCGGACAGAGCAGCAGGAGCCGAAACGGAGGCCGAAAGAGGGGAGAAGAUAUGGUUCAGCCUCUGAAGGUGUCUUUAGAAGAUAUUUACAACGGUAAAACUACUAAGCUACAGCUCAGCAAGAACGUUCUCUGUAGUGCCUGCAAUGGUCAGGGGGGUAAGACUGGAGCAGUGCAGAAAUGUGGCACAUGCAGAGGGAGAGGCAUGAGGAUCAUGAUUAGACAGCUGGCACCGGGCAUGGUCCAACAAAUGCAGACUGUGUGUAGCGACUGCAACGGUGAAGGAGAGGUCAUCAAUGAGAGGGACCGCUGCAAACAGUGUGAGGGUCGUAAGGUGUGUAAGGAGGUGAAGACGUUGGAGGUGCAUGUGGAUAAGGGAAUGAGACAUGGCCAGAAGAUCACUUUUAGCGGAGAGGCCGACCAGUCCCCUAACACUGAGCCUGGAGAUAUUUUACUAGUGUUGCAGGAAAAAGAACAUGAGGAGUUUCGCCGAGAUGGUAAUGACCUGCACAUAAGCCAGACGAUUGGCCUGGUGGAGGCACUCUGUGGUUUUCAAUUCACUCUUACACACCUCGAUGGACGGCACCUCCUCAUCAAGUACCCUGCUGGCAAGGUCAUAGAACCAGGCGCUAUCAGAGUUGUGCGUGGUGAAGGAAUGCCACAGUACAGAAAUCCUUUUGAGAAAGGAGAUCUCUACAUCAAGUUUGAUGUGCGAUUCCCUGAUAAUGGCUGGAUCACCACAGACAAACUAACGGAACUGGAAUAUUUGUUACCAACACGUGAGGAAGACCAUGGGAUCACAGCUGAUGCAGAAGAGGUCGACCUGCAGGAGUUUGACAUGAGCCAGGGGUCAUCUGGAGGUCAACGGCGUGAGGCCUACAAUGACAGCUCAGAUGAAGAGGGAGGUCCUCACGGACCUGGGGUGCAGUGCGCUCAUCAGUAGAGUCCUACAAACGUUCUGUCAUUUUUUACAGCAGUGGUUCUUUUGGAAAAAUGCUAGACUCCGUUUAAGUGGGACAGACUCUCAAACUUCCCUCCCCCGAAAUGCACAUUGAGUGCCAUGUUCACAUUCGCCGAGAUUGGAUCCGCUUAAACUAGAACCACAAUCCUGUUUUCCACAUGGUGGAUUCAGACCCCUUGAAUUUUUGCACACUUUGUGUUGAGAAUUAAAUUUGGAAUGGAUGUAAUGGCCAUUUUUACCUGUUUAAGUCUAUACUUAAUCACCCAUAAUUAUGAAGUAAAAUGUUUUAAGUAGUUCAAAAAUGAUUUAAAAAAUCAGAAACGUAUAUAUUUUUUUACAACAGCGUUCCUAUACUUAAUUCAAUAGUUUUUAGAAGCUCCUUUAACAGCAAUUUUGGCUAUAUCUUAUUAAACUUUGCACACCUGGAUUUGGGCAGUUUAAACCAUUUUUCAUAUUAGAUCCUCUUAAACGGAUGACAAGUUUUUGUAAACUCUGAUCUUCAGGUCUCUCCACAGAUGUUUAAAGGGGUGUAAAGCCUGGGCUUUGGCUGCCCCUCAUAAGGAUAUUCAGAGACCUGCCACAAAUCCACUCCAGUGUUGUUUAUAACGUAUGCUUUGGCUCAUUGCCAUGUUGGAAAGGGAACAGUCACCCCACUCUGAGUUUGUAUGGAAUAGAAUGCUUUUAUUUGUCAUAUAUACAUAUACAGAUGUACAGUAAAAUGAAAUUCUUUCCUCGCAUAUCCCAGCUUGUUUUGAAGUUGGGGUCAGAGUGCAGGGUCAGCCAUUGUACGGCACCAUUUGAGCAUAGAGGGAUAAGGUCCUUGCUCAAGGGCCCAACAGUGGCUGCAUGCCAACCUUUCAGUUGAUAGCCCAAAGCCCUACCCACUAGGCUACCACUGUCUUUCCAUUAAUAAUGUUCCUGUAUACUGCUGCAUUCAUUCUUUCCCCAAUUCCCAGCUGUCUUCAUGUGCCUGUAAAGCACCCUCAUAGGAUGAUGAGGUUUUUUGCCAGACAUAAUGCUUGCUGUUCUGUCUAAUGAAUUCAGUUUUUAUCUAAUCAGACUAGAGAAUCUUUUUCCACCAGCAGCCUCAAAGUAGGCUGUCAUAUACAGUAUCUUUUACUUAACUGUGGCUUCCAUCUUGCCACUGUGCCAUUAAGGUCUGAUUUAUGCUGCAGAAAUUAUUGUUCAUUCGAGGUUCUCCAAUCUCUGCCCAGGACUUCAGGAGCUCUUUUAGAGGGACCGUUGGGUUCUUUAUUACCUCCCUGACCAAGACCCUUCUUGCCCGGUUGCUCAAUUGGAUGGGUUUGAGAUUGUGCCAAACUUCUUCCGAUUCAAAAUGAUUGAGGCCACUGUGGUCCUAGGAACACUCAAAGCCUUUUACAUUGUUGCAACCAAAAAUGUUAGGUUUAUUAGCAAAAUGUACAAACUUUCAGCUGUUAACAAAAAAACAAUCAAAUAAUAACCAUAUAAAUAGCAGAAACCAAGUAACAUAACAAGUGCUUUCUCCAAAUUUAACACAAAAUGCAACUUUUAAUGACUACUGUAGUCUCAGAAUUAUUUAACCCCAUCAAGGCUUUCGUCUCUAGUAUUUAGUAGAGCACCCUUUUGCUUUUAUGACCUGCUGCAAAUGUGAUGCAUAGUCAGACACCAGCUUCUCUUUCAUUAUGGGUAAUGACCUCCAGUUCACUAAUAUUUUUGGGUUUGUGUGCUGCAACCGCCUUCCUCAAUUCCCACCAAAGAUUUUUUAUUGUGUUCAAGUCAGGUGACUCUGAUGAUGGCCACUCUAGAAUCCUCCAGGACUUCUUCUGAAACUAAACAUUGGUGGACUUUGAUGUAUGAUUGGAGUCAUUGUCCUGUUGGAUGGUGCAUUGACAUCCAAGCUUCAGCAUCCUCACCGAAGGAUGUUUUCUCUUAGGAUUUUCUGAUUCCUGAUUAAAUCCAUCUUGCUCUUCAUACACUGCAGGUUUCCAGUGCCAGAGGAAGCAAAACAGCCCCAGAGCAUCACCGAGCCACCACCAUGCUUUACUGUAGGCAGGAUGUUCUAUUCAGCGUAUGCUUCAUUCUUCCUUCUCCAGACAUUCCGCUGAUCCAUGAGCCUGAAAAGUUCCAGUUUUGUUUCAUCGCCACACAGAACAGAAUCCCAAAACCUCUGUGGCUUAUUUAUAUGAAAAUAUUGGAACCAACUUUUCUUUUGGGUCAGUAGAGGUAUACAUCCUGGAGUUUGAGCAAAUUUUGCUGCAGGUCUUUUGCAGUCACUCGCAUCCUCAGGAAUCUGGUGGUAGCCGGUGAUGGCUUCCCCUUUCUGCCAAGUCUUGGUAGUGUAGCCAGUGUUACUUUAACUUUGUGCUAACUGUAUCUCUAAGAACAUUUAGUACCAUUGCUUUCUUUUAUAACCUGUUCUUUGUUUGUUCAAGGCACUUUACACUCUAACUUUUUGGACAACUCCCUUGACGCAGCUAUAUUUCUAACAUGCAUUCAAACAUGACCGUCAACAUACUCACAACCAGUCCAGGUAUUUGAAGUGUUUUAUCUUAAGCACACUUGAUUUGAAAAUGGGGGUUGAAUAGUUCUGAGACUGCAGUUGUCAUUAAAAGCGAUUCACUUGUUAUAUUAAUUGUGUUGAGCUAUUUAAAUUGUUCUUGGUUGGUUAAUUGCAAACACAUGAAAGUUUAUAAAUUUGGCAAAUAAACCUAAUUUGCAAUAGGGGUUGAAUAUCUGAUUGCAACUGUAUGCCUUGCCAUAAUUUGAUCAGGGCAUCCACGGACAGUCCCUUGGACUAUGUGGAUUGGUUUUUGUUCUUAUAAUGCCAAAAUUGUGCCUGGGUGUGUGACUUUCCAACCUAUGUUCAAUCAAUCUGGAGAAUUUAGUUUUUGAUUUUUAAUCGUUAUGGGUGAUCAAGUAUAGAUUAUUCGGUAUCCAUUCAAAAUAAAAUCCACAACACAUUAAAUGAGCAAAAAGUCGAGGGGUCUGAAUAUGUUCUGAAUACCACACAUUUUAAACUGAAGAAAUUACAAAAAGGAAGAUAAAAAGAUAUUUUUAUUCCAUUUUCACCUGCAUUGCCAUUGUAAGCUUUUAUAUACUGGAAAUGUGUUCACGAAAUAUUUAAACUUGGAAAAAAAAAGUUGUGUAUAGGAUUUAAGUUGUAAUACACAUACAUACACACACUCGCGCACACACAUUUGUGAAACAGAGAAUGCAGAUUAUGGCUGGAGAACUGAGGCUGUAUGACCUCUGUAUAAAUGUCCUGAACUUUAAUAAAUACAUUUAAAUAUGUAUCUAAUGCACACACGCAAAUGUCCUGAACGUCAAUAAAACAUUUCAGUAUGUCUAA